UGUAGGUAGUACAAGAACUGAAAAAUAAUUUUUGGUUGCCAGUAUACCUGUAGUCGUUGCACUGAUCAGUCGAUAGUUUUGUGAUAAAUUAUUUCUCAAGUGAAUUAAAUUAUUAACCAUGGGACGUGAUUCUAGAAAGGUUUCAAGAGAACUUCGGAGUUCUGAAAAAAUUAAUAAGUCGCGUUCAGUCAAAAGAAAGAAUGUUUUUAAUCCGAAAACAGCCGAACGUGAUGAAAGUAUUCAGAGUACAUCUUCUAAAAAAUUAAAACAAAACACUGAAGAUGAUGUACCUGAAGACAGCAGUACUGAAUUUCGAAUAAUAAAUUUUAUUCAGGUAUUCACUGCAAUUUCUGCUCUUAUAAAAUGUAAAAAAUGUGAUGGAAAUGUAGUGUUUCAAACAGCAAGUACACGUGGGCUGGGAUUCAAAAUUGUAGUUGCAUGUAAUAACUGUGGAAAUGAAUAUAUUCCUUCCUGUUCUUUCGUUGGGCAUUCUUAUGAAAUAAACAGACGUUUCAUUUUUGUAAUGAGAAUACUAGGAAUAGGAUACGAAGGAUUGUGCAAGUUUUGCGGCCUGAUGGACAUGCCGUCUUUUUUAGAUAAAUCUACGCAUACAAUUUUACUGAAACAGAUUUUGAAUUGUAGUAAAGCCGUCGCAGAAACCUUCAUGACGAAAGCUGUGAAUGAAGAAAAGCAAGCAAUGCCAACAACUGAAAAUGAAGAUAUAAAUCAUCUAACUGUAUCGGGAGAUGGAACCUGGCAAAAACGGGGAUAUACAUCGUCAUUUGGAGUUUCUUCUAUAAUUGGCUAUUUUACUGGAAAGAUUCUUGACAUAAACAUUAAAAGUGCAUAUUGUAAGCUAUGUGAGUAUUGGAAAAAAAAAACAAAUACUGUUGAGUUCGAGGAAUGGUAUCAAUCGCAUGAAGAUGUGUGUUCUGCUAAUCAUCAAGGGUCUUCUGGGAAAAUGGAGGUGGAUGCGAUGGUCGAAAUGUUUUCGUAUUCUGAAACUAAAUAUGGAGUUAAGUAUGCCAACUAUAUUGGUGAUGGUGACUCCAAGACCUAUUCAGGAAUUAUAAAAUCAGAUCCUUACGAAAAUACAACUGUAAAUAAAAAGGAAUGUAUAGGGCAUGUCCAAAAGCGGAUGGGGAGUCGAUUACGUACGCUGAAGAGUAAACAAAAAGGUCUUGGUGGUCGAGGUAAGCUCACAGGAAAAUUAAUAGACAAACUAACUGUGUACUAUGGUUUAGCAAUACGCCGGCAUUGUGAUUCUAUUGAAAAUAUGAAAUCUGCUAUAAUGGCAACCUUUUAUCACUACGGCUCGAGUGAUGAAAAACCGAAUCAUGAUAUGUGUCCAAAAGGCGAAGAAUCUUGGUGCUCUUACCAGCGCGCUGAAGCAAGAGGAGAGCUUGAUACUUUUUCUCACGAUUAUUCUCCUUUACCUUCUGAUGUUUUAAAAGCUAUCAAGCCUAUAUACGAAGAUCUUAGUAAUGAAAAUUUACUUUCAAGAUGUGUAGGUGGAUUCAAUCAGAAUAAUAAUGAAAGCUUUAACCAACUAGUAUGGAAAAUAUGCCCAAAAACGGUAAAUACUAGUUUUACCAUCGUACAAAUAGCUGCAUACGUUGCUAUGUGUAUAUUUAAUGAGGGUAUAAAUUCAUUAUUAGUCUUGAUGAAUACACUAGGACUUAAUUGUGGGCCUAAUUCUCAUCGGUAUGCAGAAAGAAUGGAUGCUGCACGUAUCAAAGUAGCAGAUAAGCGCGCUAAUGAUAACACCCGAGAAGGUCGAUUGCAACGUAGGCACCAGCAAAUCGAUAUUUUGGAAGCUGCUAUGUCGGCUGAAGAGCUAUUAUAUGGUCCAGGAAUAGAUGACUCAGUAUGAAUCUCCAAGGACUUAUGAUGAUCACCGCAAAGGACUUCGGGAGGAACGGGCUCUACAAAAACAGCGAUAACUUUUUGAAUUAUUAAUUUUUUUUUUUGAAAUUUUCGUGAAGUCAAAUCGAAACGUGUUCUAAUAAAGCUAUGUUUUUAUUUUUGUCAAAUAAAGUAAUUAACUACAAAAAAAAAAUUAUUGAAAAUCAUCAUUUUUUCAUACCCCUGAGUACCCCUAACCCCUUAAAUAAGAGUUGAAAACGUUUAUUCUAUUGACAUGAGCUGAAAUUCUUAUGAAUAUUUAUAAAAUUCAUGAAUUAAGUUGAUGAAUCUAAAAAAGUUAUUAAAAAACUUUUGAAAUUCAAACGCAUUGAGAUUCGGCAACGAAUAUCUUCUAAAUGGUUAGAGAAAUCAAUUAAACAAUUCAGACCUUUCUUGUAGAGCGUUAAAUUUCCUACAAAAACAUGUCACGCUCAUUUGACAAUAAUUAUUUUUCAAGGACGUAGAAAAUCAUUAAAAAAUAAAUUUUUUUAAACAUAUUCUUCAAACUUUGAUCUCGAACAUCUUUUGAAAAGUAAAAGUUAUCGCUUAAACACACAAAUCCUUUUUUGUAGAGCAUUCAAUUUCCUAUAAAAUCAUGUACAAUGAUUUGGUUAAACCAUUAAUAAAUAAUGAGAUAUGGUCAUUUAUAUAAGAGACUAAAGAAAAAAAUGGAAAACUGCGAUGAGGAGGACCUUUCUUAAAAAAAAAAUAUUCGAUUUUUUCGAAUCACCCUAACGUACAUACACAAUAUAAAAAUAUUGUUCACUACGUUAUGGUCAGAGGUAGGAUUCUCAGUAGACUUGAAGUGAUAGCAUUUAUCUGCAGUUAUGAAACUUCGUACGUCAUCUCCGGGCUCGCUACGCUCACCCAUCUAACUGCGUACUCGGUCUCUUUGAAAAUACGCCAUAACCUAAGACUUUUGACGUCACUUUAAGCCUGCAGGAUUCCUACCGUUGCACAUAUAUAUCAGAAAUAUCAAUUAUUUUUAUAUGCGUGUAUAAUAUUGAUUGUUUAAUUUUUAGUGUAUGAAAUUUCAU